UAUUACACGAGUGAUACAGUGAUUUUCAUUAAGGGCAGUGGGCGGCGCGCACACACAGCCCGUGUCUUAUUGCGAUAUACGUGAGUGCGCGUCCGUUAUCAACCAGCCAGCCAGCCAGCGAGCGAGCCUGCACUCCUCAAACCAGACCCGAGCCGAACCACGCCGAGCCGAGCCAAAAACGAUCGGAGCAUUUGAAGUUAGCCCUGCCGCCCCCUCACAGAGGCAGCAGAGCAGGAAAGAUGACCUGGUAGCGCAUCUUUACGCACGCGACCCGCCGUCUAUCCCUUUAUAAACCCACAUUCUGCUUCUUUUUUUUUUUAAACGUUUAAUUCUCUCGCGGAGACCAUGGAGACGGCAGUUCACAGGAGCGAUAUUCUCAUCUCUCAGCUGCUGCUUUUCAGCCAAAUAGUUGUGGCAGCAGAGCCGAUGGUCCGAGGCCUGAGGAAACUCCCCGAAGAUGUCGACUGGUCCUACUCAGGUGCCCUGAACCAGCACAACUGGGGAAAGAAGUACCCGCCCUGUAACAGCGCCCGGCAGUCUCCUGUGGACAUCGACGAGACGUUCACCCAGGUCCGGCUGCAGUACCAGAAUCUACAACUAGAAGGCUGGGACGAACUGACCGCAGAGUCCAGCACCAUCCACAACAACGGGAAGGCUGUCUCCCUCCGUGUGGAAGGGGAGUUCUUUGUUAGUGGAGGAGGGCUGAGCUCCAGGUUCCGUGUUGCUACAAUCACCUUCCACUGGGGGCACUGCAAUGCCACAUCAGAUGGGUCUGAACACAGCCUGAAUGGGAUGAAAUACCCUCUGGAGAUGCAGAUCUACUGUUACGAUCCAGAUGACUUCCAAAGUCUGGAGGACGCUAUUCGAGAAGGAGGGAGGAUCGCUGCCUUGGCAGUGCUCUUUGAGAUCAGCUUGGAAGACAACGAGAACGUCCGCCCUGUAAUAGAGGCCGUCAACACUGUCAGCAGGUUUGGUAAGAGCGGAUCGAUGGAAGCUUUCACCAUGCGGUCCUUGCUGCCAAAUAACACCGAUAAAUAUUACAUCUACAAUGGCUCACUAACUACACCUCCCUGCUCUGAAACGGUGGAGUGGAUCAUCUUUAAACACACUGUGGCCAUAUCAGAAACACAGUUGGAGGUGUUCUGUGAGGUGAUGACCAUGCAGCAGGCUGGAUAUGUGAUACUGACGGAUUACCUGCAGAGCAACUUCAGGGAGCAGCAGCAGCAGUUCAUGGGCCAGGUGUUUGCCUCGUACACCGGAGUGGAGGAAGUGCUCACACCCACCUGCAGCUCGGAGCCAGAGAACGUUCAGGCCGACGCCCAGAACGACACAACCAUCAUGGUGAUGUGGGAGCGUCCCCGUGUGGUUUACGACACAACCAUCGACUGGUACACCGUCACAUACCAGAGGCUACAGGGCCAAGACCAGAGCAAGCAGGAGUACAGGACAGACGGGGACCAGGACGUGGGUGCCAUCAUCCCUAGCCUGCUGGCCAACAGCAGCUAUGUGGUUCAGGUGGUUGCUAUUUGCACCAAUGGACUCAGAGGACGAUGGAGUGACCAGAUUAUAGUGGACAUGCCUUUAGAUGACCCUGAAAGUGAUUCGGAUCCCGACGCCGUCACAAAGGAUUUGGAAGGCCGCAGGGAGGUCUCAUCUAAAGCCAAAUCAGAGAAGCCAGAGAACCAGAAUCAGGUAGAUUUGUCUCCAGAGGACCACAGCCCCGUGGAGGAGAUCCCAGUGGAGCAGACCAGAGUUUACCAGAACCAGCCUUCCCACCACCAGAACCUCCCGGUCCAGGUCAGCACCCCAAAGACUCCCUAUGAGUCCGCCGUUCUACAGAAACCUCGAUCCAACCAGAAUGGGAAAAAGAAGCCGGACCGGAACGGGUCUAGUCCCGAUGAUAUGGAUCAGAACUGGAUUUACGAGGACAGUGAUACAACACCCGGGCCGCUCACUAACGCCGGUUUUGACAGCAACGGCGCAAUAUGGGUCACUGAGGUAACCGAGCAGCCGGGCUUCCUGUUUCCAGUCGCUCGGACACACACACUGCCGGCGGUUCGCCGACAAAUCACAGAAGAGGCCUCGUUGUCAGUGUUGCGACAUCAGUCAGGGGAUCACAGUACACAAGACCGAGCUGGAGAAAGUGCCCUCCCUUCUCCCCAGACGGACGUGUACACCCCUCCUGUGGAGGACGUCCAAGUCACAGAUAUCUUCUAUGAAGACACAGUCAACAACUCUCCACUAGAAAGCAACACCUCUGCUGCAACAGUGUCAUCGUCUGCUGCUGCUGUGUUGCCAGGUAGUAAAGUGGACAAAGUCUCCCUGCCAUCCUCUGGAGACAAACCUCUACCAGAAACCAUCACCUCCGAUUCCUCCAGCCCGCCCCCCCUCUGGAUCACGGCGAGGGCGGCCACCCCCAGCAACACGCUGGCUGAGUCCGUCUACAAAUCAUUCACCACCACCCCUCUCCUCAGGGCACUGAUGCAUACGACCCAGCCCAUGUUCAACGCAAAUACACCCAAGUUCAAGGUUGAGGAGUCUACCACUGACCAGUCAUCUGGCUUAACAAGCUCCCCAAACACUUCUAGUGGAGUGCUCGUCAACCCUACAAAUCCUGCAGACUCCGACCCAGAAGGGGGAUCUGCUGAAAGAGCAUCAUUCGCGCCUCGAUCACUCAACCCUUUUAUUGAAUACAUCAGCGGUGUCCGCCCUGCUCCUGCCCUCCCUGAAGAUAACAGCAGUGGCAUUAUCUUUCCUCAUAACGGAAACUACUCCUCUGAAGAGCACUCUAUUGUCCGUCUACAAAUAGAUUUAGAGCACCCUCAGAUCUCUAGUGCUUUGGGUUCUCAGGAUCACGUCAUUACUGAGCACUCAUUUUCUCUGCUGCCUGAUUAUGGCCUGAGUACAAUCAACUUAUCCAAAACGAACACAGUUGAAGGAAAUACCCCAAAUACUUCUCAGAAUCAAACUGACGGUAGGAUUAAAGAUGGUGUGAACAUCUUGCCACGUCCCGACAAUGAAGAGGAAGCCCGGACAAAUGGACAUAAAGAAGACCUCAACUCCUCCUCAGUCACAUCUUUCUUUGAUUCUAAAGGUUUGACUUUUUCCCUUCCUAAUAAUUCAGAGGAAGCCAACACAGGCUGGCCAGCAGAGGGAAGUGGAUCAGGCUCUGGCCUUUACAGCAACAGGCUCAAUCAGGAAUUUGAUGGAGUCACUACAGUCAAGACUGACCUUUCUACUGUUCCCAAUUUAACUAUCCGCUACAAGGUGGAUGAUACUGGGGAAAAGAGUAGAUCAACAGGAAUUAAGAUGGAUAGUGAAACGGAUACAGGUGAUACAGAUGGGACAGGAAGCAAAAUAAGUAGCAAGAAAGAGUUUGAAACAGAGGCAGAGAAGGAAAUGGAGGAGAAUGAAAGUGAGCGGAGUGGUGGGGAAGAAGAAAAGAUAGAAGGAGAAGGAGUACACAACACUGGGAAAGUGGGUGGUGAAAAAGAUGAGAGUGCCAGACAGCUCAAUAGUACAGCCGACAGGGACGUGUUGGAAGAGAAAGUGGGAGAAACUGAAGUUGAGACUGUAAUAGGAAAGGCAAUAUACACUGAGACCAGCAGUGGGAAUGAAAUUGAGUCCAAUUUUCAUGUUUUUCGCUGGCCUGAGGACGUCAGUGGUUCUGGAGAAGGUGGUGGAGAUGGAGAGGGAAAAGAAAAGAAAGUCAGCGAUGAUAAAGAAGGUAUCAAGGCUGUAGGUGAUAAGGAAAGUGGUGAAAAAGGGGGUGGAAGGGAAGACGGCAAUGAAGAAGUUGUAUCUGGAGGAAGAGAUGGUGUCCAGCUGUCUGUCAGUCAAGAUAAUCCUACAGUGGAGUUCCCACUGUUUGACAACAGCGAAGAAAGCAGCGAUGGGGAUGGAAGUUAUAAGGAGGGUCGAAGCCUAAGUCCUGACAGUGACGUCGUUGGGGCUAACUCUACUCCGGAGGACAACAAAGAGGUGGACGGUGAAGGUAAAAGAAAGGGAGGUCUGGGCAAUGAGGAACACAUCGAAGGAGGUGGUAAAGUGGACAGUGACGCAGCUGUAAUCGGAGAAAGUUUGCAGCAGUUCUCAAGCGUGGACGGGUUGUUGUUUGGUGCUGCAAGAAGACCCCUGUUGGGGCGUCUCGCCCCCCUGCCCAGACUGACAGAGGGCAACGAGGCCACGGAGGAGGAAAUAGAAGAGGGAAGCAACAGCAGCCACGAGUCUCGGGUCGGGCUGGUCGCUGGUCUGGAGAGGGAGAAGAGGACAGUCGUUCCUCUGGCUGUCGUCUCCACUCUCACCAUCCUCUGUCUGCUGGUGCUGGUGGGCAUACUGGUCUACUGGAGAAACUGUUUCCAGGUGGCUAAUUUCUACCCAGAUGACAGUGCGUCACCUAAAGUCAUAUCAGCUCCAUCUACACCCCUGCUGCUGGCCACAGACGGUCACGAGCCGCUGUCGGUGAAACAGUUUGUGAAGCAUGUCAUGGAGCUGCACACCACCAACACUUUCUCCAAGGAGUUUGAGAUUGUCAAAGAAUCCUAUGAGGAAGUGCAGGCGUGCACCGUGGAGAUCGGCAUCACUGCAGACAGCUCCAAUCACCCCGACAACAAAAGCAAGAACAGAUACAUAAACAUACUGGCCUAUGACCACAGUAGAGUCAAACUGUCCAACAGCUUGGACAGAGAUGGGAAAUGUGGAGACUACAUCAACGCUAACUUUGUAGAUGGUUAUGAGCGAACGAGGGCGUACAUCGCAGCUCAGGGGCCCCUCCGAGCGGGCCGGGAGGACUUCUGGAGGAUGAUCUGGCAGCAGAAUGUUGGAGUGAUUGUCAUGAUCACCAACCUCAAGGAAAAAGGACGGACAAAAUGUGACCAGUACUGGCCGGAGGAGAACCAGGAAGAGUACGGCCCGUACCAGGUGACCCUGAAAAGCAGCAAGACCUUCGCUUACUACACACUGCGGACGUUCACUGUCAGAGAUACCACAAAUAAGGUUUCUCAGAGGAGAGUUGAACACACCGUCCUCCAUUACCACUACACCCAGUGGCCUGACAUGGGCGUCCCAGAAUACACUCUGCCUGUCCUGUCCUUCAUCAGAGCAUCCUCCCGGGCGCGGACACAGGAGAUGGGACCUGUACUGGUACACUGCAGUGCCGGUGUAGGAAGGACCGGAACCUACAUAGUGAUAGACAGCAUGCUGCAGCAGAUCCAGGAUCAGGGUACGGUGAACGUUCUUGGUUUCCUGAAACAUGUCCGAACGCAGAGGAACUUCCUGGUUCAGACGGAGGAGCAGUACGUGUUCAUCCAUGACACUCUGGUGGAGGCCAUCUUGAGCCGUGGCACCUCGGUGACCUCUGACCUCCUCCACACUUAUGUGUCUGACCUUCUAACCCCUGGGGCGUUAGGCAGGACGCGCAUGGACAAACAGUUCAAGUUGAUCAGUCAGCGUCAGGCCAAGCACGCAGACUACAGCACCGCCCUGAGAGACGGCAAUGCGGAGAGGAACAGAGCCAGAGCUCUGAUGCCUGUGGAAAGAUCAAGAGUGUGUCUGACCGCUGCCGAGUCUAACUCCACCGGGUACAUCAACGCCUCCUACGUCAUGGGACAUCACCACAGUAAGGAGUUCAUAGUGAGCCAGACUCCUCUGAGCAGCACGGUGGCAGAUUUCUGGAGAAUGAUCUGGGAACACGGCACACACACUGUUGUCCGUCUGCCAGACACACACUGUCAGAGUGAACAGGGGGAGUCUUGUGUUUACUGGCCCAGUAACGACCAGCCAAUGAGCUUUGAGGGUUUCACUGUGUCGUACUCGGGGGAGGAGCAUGUGUGUCUGUCCAAUGACGAGAGACUUUUGGUGCAGGACUUUACAGUGGACUCUCCAGAGAACAAUUAUGUGUUGGAGGUGCGUCAGUAUAGCGCCGCCUGCUGGCCCAACCCAGACAGUCCCAUUAGGAACUGUUUUGAUCUGGUCAGCACAGUCAGAGAGCACAGCAGACAUUCAGACAGACCCACAAUCAUACACGAUCCGCUGGGAGGUGCUACAUCAGGGCUGUUCUGUGCCCUCACCGCCCUGUCCAGUCAGCUAGAGGAGGAGGGAGCGGUAGACGUUUACCAGGUGGCACGGAUGACCAACCUCAUGAGGCCUGGGGUUUUUAAUGAUUUAGAGCAGUACCAGUAUCUGUACCGAGCUGUGCUGAGUGUGGUGAGCAGCCAGGAAGACCAGAGAGCCCUGCAGAGUCCAGAAACCAACGGAUCGGUACCACUGGGACAGACCAACAUCGCUGAGAGCCUGGAGUCACUCAUGUAGACACAGGCAAAAACAACACACAAACAUGUCACAUACACAGAAAAUAUGCAUCACACAGACAGACACACACACACACACACACACACACACACACACACACACACACACACACACACACACACACAGACUGAGUGCUGUGGUGACUGAGGUUUAUUCUGACAUGAGAUGAGAGGAUGAACACCAUUAUUUCUGUGUCUGAGCAUGUGGCUAGUUUAGACAGGUCAUUAAAAGUGCUAACCUUUACUUACUGUGUCAUACUGUCAGCGUUAGCAUGCACAGCAGAGCUGAGCUACAGAAUCCACCAGACACAGAGCUUAUUUCUGAUGUUUAACCCUCAUGUCAGACACAGUGACCAACCGGCCAUGAUGUGACUCAUCCUUUUAAAAGGGCAAAGGUACCACUUUCUAAUAAGGCACUGCUUAUAAAGGAUUUCAUUUUAGUUAUAAAUGGUUAAUAAAUAAUGUACUCAUGCUUCAUAAAUCAGUUAUAUGUCUUUAAAUAAACAAUGUUUGUGUUGCCAGGUUGUUAAACUCCCUUUGACUGGUCAGACAGUUCUUUGUGGAAAAGGGUUUUGGACGAUAUUGGACCAAAAUCCAUUUAGU